AUGGGUUCUUCUCAACCUACCAAGUUUCCAACCAGCCAAGAGAUAUACCUGGACUUGCUCACCCAACUAGGCCUUGAGCCAUUCUGGGACGUGCAGAUUCAUGGCAAUGAUCCUGUUGUGCCGAGUCCGCAUCGCUUGGGUGAUGCUGCUGCCACGGCACUGGCAGCGCUGGGUACGUCCAUGGCUGCAUUGUGGCAGCAGCGGACGGGCAUGAAGGAAGCGAUAGAGACUUCUGUUGCCAUGGCGAUUCCUCAGCUGAUGGCCAUCUUUAUGACGACUCUGAACGGUGUUCCUAUUCGGCGGCUAUUAGAAGAUCCCAAAUUGCUUAGUACCAGCAACUUCUACAGAGCCAAGGGCGGCAGAUAUGUUUUCCUCCUCAACAGCUAUCCUCAUUUACGGGAUAUUAACCUGAGAGUGCUCAAUUGCCCGUUUGAAACUGACAGCUUCGCUACGGCUAUCGCCCAGUGGGAUGCCUUCGAACUCGAAGAGCGCAUUGGCUCUCUGGGGGGAACAUGCAUCGCGGUUAGGACUCGCGAAGAGUGGCGCAAAUCACCACAAUGCCCAUUGAUCGAGGGUACUCCAGUCAUCGAGAUACAAAAGCUUGGAGAAAGUUUUCCCGAGCCUCUGGCGCCUAUCUUCGACUCCUCCAAGGGAAAGCCUCUUGAGGGAGUACGUGUUUUGGACAACACUCAUGUCAUUGCAGGCCCAAUGGCUGGACGGAUUUGCUGCGAACACGGUGCAGAAACUCUUUUCAUAAGUUCACCAGACCAUAUGGACCCGCGGACCAUGGUUACUGAGACGGCACUCGGCAAGCGAUCUGCAUUUUGUGAUCUCAACGAUGAGGCCGAUCGUGUCAAGUUCUGGGAGGUCCUUCGCGAUGCUGACGUCUACGUCUCGAGUUACCUCUCGUUGGACAAGAGAGGCUUUGGCCCUGCCGAGCUCAUCAAAGCACGCCCAGGCUUGAUCUAUUGCGACUUUCACGCAUGGGGUAAGGAAGGUCCUUGGCAACAACGAGGUGGUUUCGACCAACUCGCCUGUUCAGCAACGGGGUUCGCGCAUGAAGAAGGCCUACUUCGAUCGGAUGGUCGACCUUCUCUCCCACCCACAUAUCUUUUGAAUGACUAUCUAGCGGCUAUAUUGGGAACCGCCGGCAUUGUGGAGGCCCUACGUCGCCGCGCAACGCAAGGCGGCAGCUAUCGCGUCCACAUCAACCUGAGCCGUGUGGCAAUGUGGGUGCAAUCUUUGGGAAUGUUUGAGGUAGAUCAAGUCGCACACAUACCAAGUCCAGCCGCCGAUUCUUUCCGUGAAAAGGUGCUACUCAAGGAAGUUGACAGUUCAGGGGGUCGGACGAGGUACCUGCCCACCCAGAUCACGUACUCGACUGGAAGCAUCAAACCAGGAUUUGCCCUUGGGAGUGAACCAACGGGAGCGUCUAGGUUUGAAUUUCUGAAGCACUGA